UAUGUGUAUUCAUAUACAUUUACAAACGUCAGUCGUGGUGAGGAGUGCCAAAUUUAAAUUACCAAGUUAUUAAGCUUUCUGUGUUAAUCAAAAAAUUAGUAGUAAACUUACAGCUUUUACGUUGGUCACAUCAUGGUCACAUCUAACUUGCAACUUAAUAUGUUGGCGUCCAGGUUAUUGAAACAUCAGUCUUGCACUGGACCACCGCCAGGCUUUGAAUUCAUUCACACAGUGGCGCAUUUCUGAUUAUGAAAUAUAAUUAUUUACACAGAACAGUUCGAUUCCAUUCAGUAGUCUAAAGAAUAUAUCUUCAUUUACAAAGUUGGUCUGAUAAAUUGUUUAAAUUUUGGAACAAAGUUCUAUAAGAGUCGCCCCGAUAUCCGCCCUUUUGCUCUGCUUCUUGACAUUUCUAGAUGGAAAAUGGUUCAAAGUUGGGGUUGAAGUCUUAAUAUUAAACAGGUGUAUAUUUUUUCGAGUCAGACUUACUCGUCGUCAAUCAAUCAAAACGAAAACAAGAUAUGAAAGUUGCAAUCUUUCAUCGCAUAAUUUCAAAUUUUCCUGAUUUUGCCAAAAUGUACUGUUUAAACUUUUUCCUUCGUGACUUUUCAGAGGUGGUUGUUUUAGAGCAUUCUAAGCUCGUGCAGCUAUUUAAUAACAUACCGUCGACAAACGCCAGCGAAGGACAAUGGCCCCAUCCUACCGUCAAACCUACAAUCUAUAGGAGUGAAAGAAACUUGGAAAUUAAAAUUGCGUCGUCUUAUUGAAUAACAGAAGCUCGUGCAAACAAAGUUUUUAGCUCAAAAAGAAGCGUGGUCAAAAAGCUAUGAACUACUUUCGCGGCAGGUGUAAACGACCGUUCGACGCUUUCGAAACUGUGUGGCAUUUGAAAUCACCUCUGGCAACAUUAAACCCACUUCUGCUGUUUUAUACUAGGUUUGCAGUAUCUUUUUCACAUGACCGGCAAAUGACGAAGUUUCCUCUACAGACAAGUUGCUAUUGACAACGGGAAGUGAUUUUCCACCAAUUAAAUAUCUUCUAUUAUAAUAAAGUUUUUUCCUUUCAUGAAAAUAGCAAGACAUCUCACCAGGUUUCGGCAGACUAUGUGCGUCUUCGAGAUAGCGACUAUAAACUUGAAAGUUGUAAGAUGAGACUAGUUCUCCUUUGCAAUUUGUUGGUGUCAUUCGUAUUAGCAAAAGUUCGACAUAGGCCAAUCGGGAUACCAGAAAUAAUCGGUAAGAUGGUGUUAGGUUGAGUUCUAAAGUGAUUCUAAAAACCGUAAAGUUUCUGCCUCGAAUUUCAUAGAGUAGGUUUCGACCAAAGCCAUAUUAAAACUUGAGUCCUGUGCUUGUAAUUUUCCUCCCUCCAGUUAAUUGUAGAUCUCCGCUUGGAAUGGAAUCCGGUGCUAUACCAGACAGUGAUCUAAGUGCUUCGCCAUCUUUUGACGGGGAUCUCAACACUUAUGGACCUCAGAGAGCAAGGCUUAACCUGAAACGGCGGCCUUACUACGGAUAUCGCGCAGAACAAAGAUCACGAAGCGAUGGUUCUGCUGAGUCCAACGAGACUUGGAUCAUGGUCAAGUUACGAAACGAGACUGUGAUAACGGGUGUUGCUACUCAAGGAUAUGGUGUCACAGAAGCCCAGGAGUGGGUCACUAAGUACACAUUGAUGUAUUCAAAUGGAAACGAGUUUUUUCCCUUCAGAGAGAGAAGCGGAAAUAUCAAGGAAUUCAGAGGAAAUGUCGACAGUAAUGGAGUUGAGCACCACAACGUUCCACUUCCUGUUCUAACAUCAAGGGUUAUGUUAGUGCCGCUGACCUGGAAUAAUAAUGCGGGCUUGCGAAUGGAACUUUAUGGAUGUGCACCUGGUUACUACUUUCUGGCGAGGCUCAAAAUAGCUGAUCAUGGUGCAUUUUUCACUCUUGCGUUUGCGGAUGAAUUAAGUGAAGAUUACCAAACCUGGUCAGCUGACAUUACAGACGAGGUUCAACGCCUCAUCGGAAAUGUUCCAGGAUUCCUUCAAGUGAAAUUGCGACGUUUUCGGUAAGUAAGCCUUGUAUUGAAUGGAGUUGUGUACUCGUGAAACUCGUACAAUGUAAAAAACGCUCGGUACAAUGUAAAUAACAUAGUGGCGUGGAAAAAAAGAACAUCUUCCUAUUUUACCUGUAUUCAGUUCAAAAAUACGUGGUUAAAGUUCCUUUACUGACAAAGAUGUUUUAGGUGAUCUUUCUUUUGCUACUUGAAAUGUCUUCCACUUGCAGAAGCUUUGUAGUUCGCUCAGCCCCUUGAAAUUGAAAACCAAAAGUUAUAUCCAUAUGUCCUUUCUCCAGGAAACUGAAAUUAGAUUUCCAUUCCCUCUUGCCUUUGUAAAACGAUCUGUUGCUUGCUACAAGUAAUAAGAUCAGUUUUUAAAGUAUUGAAGAUUUACUGUUUGCUGUAUCAGAUUGAGUAGGGAUUCUGUCGGACCAUUAGUGUUAGCUGAGGUUGAGAUACAUUGCAUUAAAGAGGCCGCUCGCUUUGUUGCUGGUAAACUGGAGAAUUCUGUCGUUUCGACGGACAGCAUAUUUAAACCAGAGGUCGACGUCUCCUUUCCAGGUAAGAAAAACAAAGCUUAUGGUUUAAUUUAACCAAAUUAAAAUAGAAAGUCUUGAAAUUCGGCCCAAAGGGCCAUCGAAGAUGGAUUCUUCGAGGAAUUAUCUUACAGUACUGGCCUCGUGUAUGUAUU